AAGACGUUCAGUACCCAUACAGAGAUUGGUUCGUACUCGGACAUCAUGCAAGUUCAGAGACCGAUUGGUUACCUCCUCCAUAUCACUCCAUGUCAUCGGUUACGUGGACUCUGGACUCUUCCAUCGAAAAACCUGACCUAGCACUCUCCCUCCUCCUCCUCCUCCCCCUCUUUGGCGUCGAAUAACCUGACGAUUCCUCGCAUUGCGUCUACUCUACAAAUACGGGCAGUGGUUUGAUGAGGACUUGAAACGCCGUGUAUGUCGAAACAAGUCGGUCGGUUGGGAUCUCAAGUGAGAGUAAUCACUUGUAUACAUGUGGAAGCUAGAGACAGCCACACGAGAUCUCGCUUACCGAUCUUGACCAUCAGCUAUGCCAGGUGAACGGUUCCCCCUCUGAUAGCCUGCUUCGUUCCAAAUCAUACGCUUGCUUCCCAGGACCAAUGGAUCACUGAUUGAACGAAACCAUUGCGAUGAACUUCUCAGCACGCAAAGAGACACCGCAUUGCCCCCCUUCGCCUUCCAGUCGGAUCCCUCUUCUGGACGAUGCCCAUGCUCUCCAGGUCUUCACUUCUCGCAAACCAUCCUCCCCAUCUCUCCAUCUCCCCAUGCUCCCCAAAAUUCCCAGCGACCACAUCCUCCGCAGGCUUCUCAGCGAGGUCCAGCUCCUCCCCUCUUCCUCACCUCCACAUCACCUUCAUGUUCUCCUCCUCCGCGAUAGACACCACCUCUACCUCUUUCAACCGCGCUCACCUCGCUCUCACCUGGCAGUCUCUCUGGGUUAUGAAGCGCGUCAAAGAUGACUAUGCCGAUAAACAACACGGCGUACACGAGCUCGUACAACGUUUCCAGGCACGCAAUCAUGUUGAUGGCUUUGACGAGUUUUUUGUUUUUUCUCGAGGUCUUGACUGAUGCUUUGAUAUUGCGUUGCGCGGUGCUGGAAUGCUUUUCGUCAGAGACGGAAUACGUUAGUGAAAAUCCUUGAGAGCUAGGGAGAGAGGGAGUAUAUGUUUGAAGGCGAGUGGGAGGCGUACUUCUACCAGAUAUGAGCUAGUCGAAGAGUCGUGGGGUUUUGGCUGGGAGUUGAGUUCAGUUGGUUGUAUUUGAAGUGGGAGGGGUUGCUUUACAGAACAGAGUCCGAGCCUAAAACGGUGGAGGGGUUGAAGAAGAGGAGGACAAAAUUACGGUAUUUUGGUAUGAGCAAAGUGCAGCAUUACCUCUACAUUUACUUAAUG